AUGGCCUCUCCUUUGAAUGUCCAGCCUUCUUUCCAUGCUCGCUCAAACAGUUUGCCUUCAAGGCAACACCCCAUCACUUCUCAAAUCGAUGAAAAUCUGAACCGACUGAGGGAGUCUCAAUCGGCCUCUACAUCAUCAUCGUUAGGAAAUCAACUCAACUGCCUUCAAGAUUUGUAUGGCUCUGUUGAUAUGUUUCUUCAAUUGCCCCUCGCUCAACAAGCUCUGGCUCAAGAACAGCAAAGGAAAUUGGUUGAACAACUUCUGGAUGGAUCUCUCAUGCUCCUCAAUGUAUGCGGGACUGCUAAAGAUGCCUUAUCGCAAACAAAGGAAUGCACACUGUUAGAUUUGUCUAGAAAUUAA